AUGUAUAGCUGUGAAGCCAUCGACCCAGUCGCACCUCAACAUCUCAAAACCGAAGACGUCGACGAGAUGAGACCUCAGGGCCAGCAAAUCUCGGACCGCCUGACCGUUGAGGUUGACUGCCGUUCUUUGGGCCCUAGUGAAUGCCCCUCGAUGACCUCGAGUUUCUCUCCUUUGGAUUCUCCUACGCCGACUCCUACGAGUCUCUACAGCCAGAACUCCCUGGCCUCCCCGGGGUGGCACGAGCCGGGCCAGUAUCAUAGCCAGAGCCUGCCCAUGGAACGUCGCACUUCUGCCACGCCGCUGCGCAGCGCCUUCCGGAUGGCAGACCUGACCUCCAGUGACGGCAUGGGUAUGCCCUGCGGCGCCAUGGACCGUCAGGACCAGAUGCCAAUGGCCGAUUACUUGCCGGGAUAUGAUGAAAACGUGGAACAGUUCUGGAUCCCGCAGGACAUGCCCAAAACCUACGAGAACCCAACCCACUUCCCCUAUCAGGCUCCCAUGCCUCAAUACAACCAGAUGGCUCGCAACUACUACCGCCCACAGCAGACGGGCUACCUGCCUGAAUCUGCCUCCAACCCCUGCCUGUCCCGACCAAUCUUCAACCAGCCUGAGCGCAUGCCCAACUCCGUCUCCAUGGCCAACAUGCUCCAGUGGAUGCCUUCCAGCGAGUCUAUGGCUCCGCAGACCAUCACUCCCGCCCAGGCUUUUCCCGCCAACCCAGUCACCCCCCCUUCUUCUUCCUACUCGGACUUUCCCCCCAAUCUGCAAUCUUUCAAGGCUCAAACGCCUUCAACACCUGUCCGCUCGGUGUCUCUGGGAACCCCAUCGGGCACUGACACUCCUGUGAGCCGCCUGUCCGGCGGUGGUCAAGAAUACAGUGAGGAAUUUCCUCUCUCUCCGGUCUACCGUGACGGCUUCCUUCAACGGACCCAUCGCCAGGCUUCGCGUAAGCCAUCCAAGAAGCAGCUCACCCGCUCCAACCUGAGUCUGGAGAACCUGCCGCCCAUCAUUAAGCAGGUGCAAUUCAAGUGCAAGGAGCCCGGAUGCAAGGGCCGCUUCAAGCGUCAGGAGCACCUCAAGCGCCACAUGAAGAGUCACUCGAAAGAGAAGCCUCACAUCUGCUGGGUUCCUGGAUGCCACCGAGCCUUCUCGCGCAGCGACAACCUCAAUGCCCACUACACCAAGACUCACAGCAAGCGGGGUGGCCGCAAUCGCUAUGUUGCUACUCUGGAUGAAGCCAGCCAGGACUACGACCCCGACUUCCGUGGCCAGCUGACAGCAGAUGGUCGUCCACUCUAUGGAACCAAGCUCGAGGACCCCAUUCCCGACUGCCGAGAGUUGAGUGUCGAUGUCUGGGAUGAUUAG